AUGGCGUUUGGUGAGCUGUCGUUUACACAGGCCAAGGUGGUGGACAUUGUCUGGGAUUUGACCAUCGGACGAGGUGUCCAGGCAGCGCUGGCCUACUGCUCAUGGCGCGCCUUUUCCGUUUAUGUCGCUAUGUCUAUGGACAAAGCCGCACAGCCGCUGACCUACGAUGCGUUCUGGACUGUUUUCCUCCACCAAGAGGCCUCCGUCCGGAACAUUUACCGUGUCGGGUGA